AUGGAAGAAGAUUGCUUGAAAAAUAUCAUAUUAUGGGAAGAUCUUGAUGAAGAAAUAAAAGACCAAAUAAUUCUAAAAAACCCAGGCGGCAACCCAAUUUAUCUGUGGAAAAAUAUGAUACUUUCUUAUCACCAAAAGCAUCGAGUAAGAUGGCAAGGAAAUCAGCAUUUAGAUUUUUAUAAGGAUUUUACUCACUCCCCUUUCAGUAAAAAAAAUUAUUUUAUUAUUAAUUUUGAAUAUAAAUUAAUCAAAAGUUAUAAUCCCUUGCAUAAAUUUCAUUUUGCUUAUUUAUGGUAAAUUGAUUUUAAAAUACAAAAAAAUUUUAACAUACCAUAGACUCAGUUUUAUAUAUAAUGACAUGUCAAAAUUUUUUUGACAUUUUUAAAAUCAAUUUACCAUAAAUAAGCAAAAUAAAUACAUUAUAUAAAAUACCUUAAAUUACAAUUUUUAUUGGGAUACUCAGAGAUAUGAGAAUGAAAAUGGAGCUUUAUCCUUAUCAUCUUUGUAGAAGUCUUACAAUGAAUGGAUGCUCUGGGCCAUUUGAUUAUUAUAUAGAAAUGCUAUGUGAUGCAUUAAGAACGCAAAAACAAUAUGAAGAAAUCCCUAGUUUUACAGCUGCAGAUAUCCUAAGACUAACAGGAAUCCAAAGAACCAAUUAUAUAGAAACCUUGCAAAAAUGCAAAGACCGAGGCUGGGCCGCCAAAAUUUCUAACUCCCCCCCCCUCCGUGAGUGAACAAAACCAUUAGAAAAAUCGGCAUUUUUUGCCCCAAAAAAACCCACCCUGUGAGUGAACAAAAAUGUUUUUAAUAGAAAAAUUUUUUAUGGGAAAAAAAUUUUGAUAUAUAAGUGAUAAUUAGCAUAAUGAAAUCUAGAGCUAAUUCUGUUUAAUUUUAAACAAAUUGCGUUUUAAAACAUAAAUUUAAUAAAUUAAAUUAAUAUUUGCUUUCCAAUUUUUGCGAAUUAGGAUUUUUUUAAAUUUCGAAAAAAAAAAAUUAACCCCCCUCCGUGAGUGAACAAAAUUUUUUUGUUCACUCACGGAAGGGGGGGGGAGUAAAGCAAUCCGCGGACUUUUACCUACAGCCCCACUUUCUAUAUCUGUAGAACACUGGUGAAGUGUCUUCCCUAUUUUAUCAAAUAAUCGUGGUAUUAAUAUUAGGAGGUCAGCGAGUCGAGAUGAGCUCACAAAUUUGCAAGAAUUAUAUAUACUUAUUUACCAAGAAUAGCCCACUAAUGAGCAUUUUUGGUUGGGCCCCAAAUUCGUUGGCAUGCCAUAUUUUCCGACUAACCAAAUUUAAGAAUGGCGAACCAAAAAAUACUCAUUAGUGGGCUAUUCUGAGCAAGCAAGUAUACAACUUUUGCGACAAAGGGAUUUUCUAAUGCUUUUCUUUUCGAUAAAAAUUCACUGGAUGGGCUAUAUAAGUCUGGGAUAAUUGAGUAUGAUAUUUUUAUUGAAGAAAAUGACCAGUUUGAUGAGCCUCCAGACAAUGUAAAAAAUUUCAAUACAAAUAUUGGGAAUUCUUAUUUUGAAAACGCUAUUAUGAGCGUACUAAAACUGUUAAAGCCAGAAGUUUCACCAAAAUUAAUAAGCAAAGAAUGUGGAAUACCAAUAGAAAUUAUUAUUGACGCAAUUAGUAUACUAUGUAGGUUAGGACUUAUUAAGAAAAUCACAGAAAAAAAUAUAAAUGAGUGAAAUUCAUCGUGAAAAUUAAAUUUAAAUGAUGAGGAUGACUUAUUAAGCUCAGCGUUUAGUUCGCCUCAGCAUUCUCUUGACACAUGAAAAUCUGAAAUUGAUGAUCCCAUUCAUGUAACUUUGAUAGUAGGGGGAGAAAUUUGUGGUCUCAUAUGUGAAAUCUCCAAAGAGCCUUUACUCCCAAUUUAAGAGAAAGGUAAGUUUUUUUUUUCAUUUUUUUUUUUUGUUUAAAUUUAAUCAGAUUUUAAAAAUCACAAAUAUUUGCAAAAAUAAGCUAUAUUAAUAUAUAAAGAAUACAAGCUGUCUAAAAUUUAAUAGAAUUAACUAGAGAUCUAUUUAACAACUUUAAUAAAAUAUAAAAAAUAUUUUAUAUUAAAGAAAAGUGUGCUUGGUUUAAUUUUCCUAAAAAAUAGGCAUUUUCGUUCUAAAGGAGAGAGAGCUAGAAGAUUCCAUAAAUAACGGAAUUAGCUAUGAGAAGCUUGAUUUGCUAUCAAUAGAACUUGAGAAAAGUCAUGAUCCUCGUUUACAAUCACUGAAAAAAGUUAUUGAAAUUUUUGCAAGCAGAAAUCUAGAAAUAAGAGGAGGAAGCCAAAACACUAGAUGCGGAUUAAUUCUGGCACAAGGAGGAAUGGAGCCUGUAAUAUUUACUGAAUUACCUAAAGCUGAGGCUCCGAUUUAUAGAAUGUUUAAGCUUGAGCACUCAAAACAAAGCUUCCCAUCAGUUUAUUAUAUGAGAGGAAAUAUUGUGAAUUUUUUUCCAGUAGGCAUAAAAGGGUGUCAGUCUUAUAUGAUUUUUGAAGAAGACCAGCCGCCGCGUGUUUAUAGUUCUAGUGAAGCUUUAUUGGUAGUAAAUGAUAUUUUGCCGCAAUCUUCUGCAUUUAUUGUGGCAAUUAAUCAGAAAGAAGAUAAAAUUCAUCGUGAUAUAAUAAAGGUGCCAUUACAUGGUAUUGGAUUAUUUUUAAAAAAAAAAUAUAGAAAAUCAUUUUUACUCCCUUUAGCCUGCAAGAAAAUCCUUGUUUUUUCUGAAAUUAACUCAAGUAAAAAAUUUUGAUAUAUAAUCAUUAAAUUUUAGCUAGCAUUAAUCCUAAAAUAAUUUUUAUAAAAGAUUAGAUUUUCAUUUCAAAUAUUAAAAAUAUGAUUUUUUUUUCAAAUAUUAAAAUUCUUUAUAUUUAUCUUUGCAAACUCAACUUGCUACCGAAAGGAGUAUCAGAAAAACAUUUUAAAAAAGUCCCAUUACCAUUAAACUUCUGUGAAAUUCAAAACCGAGCUUUAGCUGAAUAUUUGCGAGAUCUUAAUGUAACAGAGCAUCUAGAAUAUGCUAUUGGCUAUUUAGAAAUCUUCAAAACUUCUUGCACACAUAAUAACUCAGAUCUGCCUCACAACUGCCCCAAAGAUUUUCAUUUUUUAACACAAAGUCAUGGGCUUCCUUUAGAUGACCCAAUUUUAUGCCAAAAAAUAUUACCCUAUACCAUUCAAUUAAUUUAUCUCAAUAAAACCAGCUAAAAAUCUCACAAUUCAUAUAUAAAUCUAUACAAAACAUAAACGAAAAUGAAUGAUUCAAAUAUUCCCAUCUAGAAUCCCUCCUGGAAGCCCAACAAAAUGAAGUCUUCCAAUUCAGAGAAUUUAUGUGCAAAAUUGAAAUGCAUAGGAACUUAGUCUACACAGAUUCAUCUGUGAAAAUAAUUUAA